AUGUCAAUCAAAUUAUUUACUAACGCACAAGGACUUCCAUGGAUUAAAUCAUUAAAAGCAUCAAACGAUGAUGAUCAUGCUGAUAGACUGAACCAUCGGUAUUGUGUAGGCUUUUUACUUGUUUGUGCAUUUAUUGCAACAGGUGCUUCAUUCGUUUUUGAACGAAUCACUUGUUGGGUGCCAGCUCAAUUUAUUGGUGCUUAUACAAAAUACACAAAUAGUUAUUGUUGGAUUUCAAAUACAUAUUAUAUACCAAGCAAUACUACAGUUCCACAUAGCAAACAUGAUCGUGAACAUGCUGAAAUCGGUUAUUAUCAAUGGGCACCAUUUAUUUUUCUUUCGUGUGCUUUGUUUUUUUAUCUUCCACGUAUGCUUUGGCGUUCAAUGAACACUCGAUCGGGUAUUGAUCUGCAAUAUCUUGUUACAAAAUCUCAAGCAAACACUAUUGCUCAAGCUAUUGAAUGCUACUGUGAACCGAAUGAAAAAGAUGCGCGGUUUAUUAGUCGAUUUGGUCGUACUAUAUUAUGUACAAGUGGCAAACGCUUAGGAAAUUAUCUUCGCUCAAUUUAUUUAAUGGUUAAAUUUCUCUAUUUAAUUAAUUCAUUCUUGCAAUUAGUACUUGUUCAUAUAGUUUUGGGUCAACCCGGCUGGUUGUAUGGUAUUGAUAUAUGGCAUAGUAUAUUUAUAAGAAAUUCUGUGUUAACUGAUUCGCCUUAUUUUCCUCGUGUAACUUUAUGUGAUUUACGUAUACGUGAAGUUGGUAAUCUUCAUCGUUAUACAGUUCAAUGUGUUCUACCAAUAAAUAUGCUGAAUGAAAAACUCUUUGCACUUGCUUGGUUUGGAUUUAUCUAUGUGUUUGUAUCAAAUUUAGUUUCAUUUAUUUUUACAUUAUAUGAUACAAUAAUGGCACGCAGUCGAAUUCAUUUUAUACGAAACAUCUAUCGAACAAGUGCGCCAACAUAUAAAGUCGAUGAAAAUUUAUUAGAAAAAUUCACACAAGAAUUUCUUAUGCAAGAUGGUGUAUUUAUUCUUAAAAUUAUUUAUAAUAAUGGGCCAGUUUUCCUUGCCACAAAAGUUGUACAUCAACUGUUUUCAAAUUAUGAAAAAAAAGAACAAGAACAAGAGCAGCAAUCAAGAAACAUAGCACUGCAAUUGAACAGUAGUGACGUUUAA